AUGAGGAUCGCUGCAUCUCGUCUCCUGCGAAGUUCCAACCAACUUCUUGGCACAUUAAGAAUGGCAUCCGCCAAGGUUCUUGUUCGGGACAAUAUCAACCCUCAAGUGAUCACAAUGCAAUAUGCCGUUCGUGGGCCUAUAGUCAUCAGAGCAGUGGAACUCGAGAAGGAACUGGAGAAGGGUGCGAAAAAGCCAUUCACAAGCGUUAUCAAGGCCAACAUCGGUGAUGCUCAUGCCAUGGGUCAAACUCCAAUUACCUUCAAUAGACAGUUGAUUGCUUGUCUUGCCAACCCGUCCUUGAUGGAGACAGCAAACUUUCCUUCUGACGUUGUCAAACAUGCAAAGGAAUUAAUUUGUUGUUGUGGAGGAAAAAGUUGUGGUGCCUACAGUCAGAGCACAGGAAUUGACAUAAUUCGAAAGCACGUAGCCGAUUUCAUUGCCAAACGCGACGGUUUCCCAUGUGAUUAUGAAAACGUAAUUCUUUCUGGAGGGGCUUCCGAAUCCAUCCGUAAUGUUCUAAAGAUGUUCAUCCGGCGUGAUGCACCGAAAAAAACCGGCAUUAUGAUUCCAAUACCGCAAUAUCCGCUUUACUCUGCAUCAGUGGAGGAGUUUGGACUUGGACAGGUAGGAUACUUCCUCUGUGAGGAAAGGAAUUGGAGCCUUGAGGAGGACGAGUUAGAGCGAGCGUAUCAAGAAAGUCUAAAAAAGUACGAUACUCGUGUUCUGUGUGUCAUUAACCCUGGAAACCCUACUGGACAGGUGCUAUCUCAUGAAAAUAUCGAGACUAUUAUUAAGUUUGCCCAUCGACAUAACCUAUUCCUUAUGGCUGAUGAAGUAUAUCAGGACAAUAUUUAUGCACCUGGAUCAAAGUUCCAUUCCUUCAAGAAAGUCAUUAAUGAGAUGGGUGCACCAUAUAAUCAAAUGGAAUUGGCGUCAUUCCACUCAGUGUCUAAAGGCUAUAUGGGUGAGUGCGGUAUGCGAGGUGGUUAUGUCGAGUUCUUCAACCUGGAUCCUGAGGUCUAUGUGCUAUUCAAGAAGAUGAUUUCUGCAAAAUUAUGCUCUACUAUUCUCGGACAAGUCAUGAUGGAUGCACUUGUGAACCCGCCCAAGCCAGGAGACCCGUCGUAUGAUCAGUGGUUAAAGGAAAAGAAUGCCGUCCUGGCUUCGCUCAAAGAAAGAGCUACCUUGGUAAAGGAGGCCUACGGAAGUAUCGAAGGAAUUAAAUGCAAUGAGGUCCAGGGAGCAAUGUAUGCUUUCCCACAAUUGAUGUUACCUCCUCGUGCUGUUGAAAAGGCUAGGUCACUGAACAUGGAACCCGACUUCUUCUAUGCGAUGCAAUUGUUAGAAUCGACUGGUGUUUGUAUUGUGCCUGGUAGUGGUUUCGGCCAAAAGGAAGGAACAUACCAUUUCCGAACAACAAUCCUUCCACAAACGGAAAUGAUGAAGGAUAUGUUGGAACGAUUCAAGUCCUUCCAUACGAAGUUCAUGGAAGAGUACAAGUAG